AUGCUAGGGUUCAACCACCGUCCCCGAUGGUUCACCGGGGACGGUGGGAGGCUCUCCUCCCAGAGCUACCAUCCCCGUCACUGUGGCAAAAACCACCGCAACCACUGUCCCCGUGAAAGCUGCCACAUGACCGUAAAUUUGGAACCCUAUGAUAUUCUUGAAUUUUGGUCUUCAAUUGGAGAAGAACAAUUCCCUCGUUUAGCAAAACUUGCUCGGUUUCUUUUGGGUAUUUCUGUUGCUCCUUUACCUUUAAUAAAUAAAAAAGGAGGAAUAAAUAGUGGAUUAAAUUCUGAAGAAAUUGGAAUUUUAUUAAAUUUAAGACCAAAUAUUUUAAAUUCUGUAAAUCACCAAUUGUUGUCUCGUUAUAAACAACAACAACAACAAUAA